UUUCUUUCUUCCCACCCCUCCUCCACCUUCCUCCAGGAGGAAGAUGAAGAUGGGCUUCCUGGCGGCCUGGCGGGACUCGGCCCCCUCCCGCGUGCGGGUUAGCGCCCCGCAGAAGGACGGACCUUAAGCGAGGACUGAGCGUGCAAGAGAACAUGGAACGGUGCCGGGAACUUAAGCGCGUGCACACCGGUCUUUGAACUAACUGUCACCGAUUUUUCUUUUUUUUCUUUUCUCUUUUUGUGUGUCUCUGUGUGUCUUUGCAACCAGACCGGUGCUCCGAAGCGAGCGCACACAAAACACACACACUCACACACACACGUACGUACAGAGUCACCCUUGCAAGGCGUUGUGUGUGUGUGUGUGUGUGUGUGCGGUUUUUUUUUUUUUGGUUUUUUUUUGUUGCUGCUGGUUCCGUAACUUCUGGGAAAUCAGCAUGGACAAGAAACAAGAUCCCAAAGGAUCCUUGGAAAAGCGAAAAGUUGGUCCAAAGAAGAAAAGGCCACCCAUAUUAAGGAUGCCGUCGGUUAAUAAACAGUCAGCGGUCCCUGCAACACCUCCAAGGAACUUGGAUUCCAGGACUUUUAUCACAAUUGGAGAAAAGAACUUUGAAGUUGAAGCCGAUGACUUGGUGAGCAUCUCCGAACUGGGCAGAGGCGCUUACGGGGUGGUGGAGAAAGUGCAUCACGCGAAGAGCGACACAAUCAUGGCUGUGAAGAGGAUCCGAGCCACUGUGAAUACUCAGGAGCAGAAGAGGUUGGUGAUGGAUCUGGAUGUCUCCAUGAGGACAGUGGACUGCUUCUACACGGUCACAUUUUACGGAGCUCUUUUCAGAGAGGGCGAUGUAUGGAUCUGCAUGGAAUUGAUGGACACCUCUCUGGAUAAAUUUUAUAAGAAGGUUCUGGAAAAGAAGAAGACUAUUCCUGAAGAUAUCCUAGGAAAAAUAGCUGUAGCCAUUGUGCGAGCGCUGGAGCACCUCCAUAGUAAAUUGUCGGUGAUCCACAGAGAUGUGAAGCCGUCCAAUGUCUUGAUCAAUAAACAGGGACACGUCAAAAUGUGUGAUUUUGGAAUCAGCGGUUACCUGGUGGAUUCGGUGGCUAAAACGUUGGAUGCCGGCUGCAAACCUUACAUGGCUCCCGAAAGAAUUAAUCCAGAGCUAAACCAGAAGGGGUAUAAUGUGAAAUCUGACGUUUGGAGCCUUGGGAUCACUUUGAUCGAGAUGGCCAUUCUCCGUUUCCCCUACGACUCCUGGGGGACCCCCUUCCAGCAACUUAAACAGGUUGUGGAAGAACCGUCUCCCCAGCUCCCAGCCGAUCGCUUCUCCAAAGACUUUGUCGACUUGACUGCCCAGUGUCUGAGGAAGAAUCCGGCUGAACGAAUGAGCUACUUAGAGAUGAUGGAUCACCCCUUCUUCACUCUCCACGACACCAAAGUGACCGAGAUGGCUUCCUUCGUCACGGAAAUCCUCGGGGAAGACUCUUAAACUUCUCCCCGCUUCCUUUCUCCCCCAAACCUCGCCAUCGUGCCAAAUAAACUGGAGUAGCAUCGUCCUCCUUUCUCCCGGUGGGGAAGAACAGAGGCAGUUUGAAAACUUCUUCGCAUUACCGGGCGGUUUGCACAAAACAGAUUGAAUGUCUUUGCCGGCAACCUCCCUCAGCCCUAUUUAACCUCCCUUUCGUGUCUUCAAAAGAGAGAGCGUGAGAGAGAGAGAAGCCGUGGCGGCUGGGGUGCCCCCCCACCCCCCUCGCGCGAAGAAAUCUAAUUUCGGAAUGCUGUUUGCGGAGGACCUGAGGUCGGUCCUUGAAAUUCUUCACUGCCCUUUCUCGCUGCCGAGGUUGAAUUUUCGCCUGUUCCCCUCAGUAAACCUUUCCUACCCCCCCCCCUCCAAAAAUGCAACUGUGGACACUCUGAGGUUUUCUAGACUUAAUGCAAAAUCCUCCAUCCCUUUCAACAGCUACCUGCGGAUGCUGCUGCUAAGAAGAAUCUUGUGUCGGCUUUUUAACGCUUUGCAAUUUCCAAAAAGAAAACAAAAAAAUCUCUUUCUGUAGAAAAUCAAGACGGUUCUAGUAGUUUCUGGGAGGAGGAGUUCUAUUUUUUUGCAGUUCUCUCUUUCUUUCUCUCCCUCUCUCUUUUUUAAAAAAACUCUGCGGCAGUAUUCCUCAAUUUCAGCAAUUUUAAGAUGGGGGACGACUUUCAACGCUCAGAAUUCUUCAAAAGCAGGCUGGCGAGGGGGGGGAUUCUUGGAGAUGAAGUCCACAGAUCGUAAAGUUGAAAAGCUGUUCUGGAGGAAUAAUUUCCCUUUCCCCCCCCCCCACCCCUAUCCAAAAAAAAAACAAAAAACCAAAAACCCUCUCCUGAAAAGAAUUUACAGCCCAGUUUUGUGGCCUUCAACAAAUUCAUAUACGAAGAUGAUAUUUGCUAGUUUUGAUAUCAACACCCUGAAGAUCAAGUGUCUUUUCAAACUUCGUUGCGCUUUUCAAACAUUCGGAUGUUCUGAUGUACGUCUCACCUUUAAAAGACAUGUACUGAGCCCCCCCCCUCACCCCAAAACAUUCAGCUAUUUUGGGGGAGGGGUCUCAUCUCUGGAGACAUCGCUGGAGGUCGAAAAUGUUAAUUAAAAAAUGAAAUGGUCCCCAAUGGGUUUCAGGAGAGAUGGAUUUAGCCUGGAUCACUUUAACUGCACUGAAAUUGGGAAGCAUUAUUGAUCCGGUGAGCUGAUUCCUACUUUCUUUCAACUCUCGUCAUCCUUUCCUGGACUGUUGGAACUAGGAAGUUCACCAAGAAGUUGGAGGGAUCUACCUUACUUUAAGAAGUCCAGUCUUCCCCAUCACUCCUUAGCUGCAAGACGGGUCCACCCAGAAGCUCACUUCCCUGUCCGCUGCCCCUCCACAAAAUCCAGGUUUUGCACACUUUUUGUUCUUCGGCGCCAACGGUGUAGUAAUUUAGCCUACUGUGCGAACCCAACGGUGAAUGAAUUGUCCCAUGAUUUACGUUCACACCAAUUCAAGCCCUCGCCGUCGCAAUGAAGCUGAUGAGAUUGCAACCAAGAUCUAUCCAUCAUGGUUUGGGAAGCUACAAGACCUGGGUUCACACCCACGCACCACAACUUGGCGUUAGCCAUGCUAGAACCAUGGUGGUUAAGGUGGAUGGCUUUUUCUGUCUGAUCGAGAACAUCUGGAUUGAAGUGGAGACGCUUGGACUGCGACAGAUGUGCUUCCUGCACUGAGCCCAUUUCUGAUUGAUAAAUCUAUAUCUUACUUCUGCAGGGGGGGGGGGAAAAAACAACCUUUAGGCACAUGGGUGGCGUGUGAAUGAUUCUCAAAACGGGGAACAAAUGAAAUAUUUUUUCCUCGCCUCCAAAGGACUCUUAAGCAAUGUGGAGAAUUCUUCCCCUUUGACAGAUUUGCUUCUAGGAAAAUAUUCGCUCUUCUUACCCAAAAGCAAAUGUCACCAGUGGCUUAAUUCACACUUUUUGUUUUUCAAUAAAUUCUCCCCCUCCUGCUUUCCCCCCCAAAAGUAAAUUAUCUUUUAAAUGUGUGUAUAUGUUUGUGUAAACGAUGAAUAGAUGCAGAAUAGGUUUUGGGAGGAAGCACCGGUGGGUGAAAUUUGCAGGAUAAUGUUAAAAGACAGAAAGAAAGAAAAAAUGGAGGGGGGAAAGUCCAUUUUAAGGACACUGGAAAGGGCUGAAUGUCAGGAGUGUAUGAGUCAGAUGCCAAAGAACAAAUCUACCUAAUUAUUUGAUCCGUCCAGUCUGAAAAAAUAGCCAUCUCAAGCUAUGACUUGGUCUUCACCCACAGUCGUUUCCACUGGAGGUUGAAUGCGUUGCUAGUCCCUAUUGAUCCCUUAAAAUAUCUCAGCUUUGGCGAUGUAACAGAUGGGACUUGCUCCCUCCUCCUGCAAGAUGAUUUUUAAAAUACGUUUUUCAUGUCUUAUCAGCUUUGAAAGACGCUGGUCUUUCAAACAAUAUAAUAUUUUUCAGGAUCAGCUUGCCCACCUGCAAGGGGUUUUUAAAGUCUCUAGGCUAAUAAUUGAGGACCCAGUUGUGGGGGCAAUAAGCUGACUUUGUAUAAAUAUACAAAAGGAUGAAGGCUAUUGCUUAGCGCAUUGUAAGCCGCCCUGAGUCUCCGGAGAAGGGCGGCAUAUAAAUCAAAUUUUUUUUAAAAAAAUUUAAAUUUCUCCCUAGAAAUUUAUUCGUACCUGGGGCCUCUUCUAAAGAUGCUUUUGUUGAGCUGUCCUAACAGGUCUAAGUUGCUGAUCAAACCUCUCCCUCAUUAUUUGAAGGCCACCCGUGUCCUUAACGCAGUGGUGAAAUCCAAUUUUUUUUACUACCGGUUCUGUGGGUGUGGUUUGGUGGCCGUGGAAGGGGAAGGAUACUGCAAAAUCUCCAUUCCCACCCCACUCUGGGGCCAGCCAGAGGUGGUAUUUGCCAGUUCUCCAAACUGCUCAAAAUUUCUGCUACCGGUUCUCCAAACUGCUCAAAAUUUCUGCUACCGGUUCUCCAAACUGCUCAAAAUUUCUGCUACCGGUUCUCCAAACUGCUCAAAAUUUCUGCUACCGGUUCUCCAAACUGCUCAAAAUUUCUGCUACCGGUUCUCCAAACUGCUCAAAAUUUCUGCUACCGGUUCUCCAAACUGCUCAAAAUUUCUGCUACCGGUUCUCCAAACUGCUCAAAAUUUCUGCUACCGGUUCUCCAAACUGCUCAAAAUUUCUGCUACCGGUUCUCCAAACUGCUCAAAAUUUCUGCUACCGGUUCUCCAAACUGCUCAAAAUUUCUGCUACCGGUUCUCCAAACUGCUCAAAAUUUCUGCUACCGGUUCUCCAAACUGCUCAAAAUUUCUGCUACCGGUUCUCCAAACUGCUCAAAAUUUCUGCUACCGGUUCUCCAAACUGCUCAAAAUUUCUGCUACCGGUUCUCCAAACUGCUCAAAAUUUCUGCUACCGGUUCUCCAAACUGCUCAAAAUUUCUGCUACCGGUUCUCCAAACUACUCAAAAUUUCUGCUACUGAUUCUCCAAACGGCUCAAAAUUUCUGCUACUGGUUCUCCAAACAAACUGCUCAAAAUUUCUGCUACUGGUUCUCCAAACUGCUCAAAAUUUCCGCUGCCGGUUCUUCAGAACCUGCUGGAUUUCACCCCUGCCUUAAUGUCUUUAGAUGAGAUGGGUGGCAAAUAAAUAAACUUCCCUUCCAGAUGUUCGACCUUCCCUUCGGAGAGUUGCUACCGCCUUAAGUCACCUAUAAGUAAAAGCAGAAUUUUUUAAGAAAAAUUAACAAUAAAUUGCAGGUCAUGAAUGAUUUUGGUGGGUGGGGGACUAUUCCGUCCAUUCUCUUCACAAGACUCCACUUUGGGUUUUGACGUGAUCCUAUGUGAUUUGGGGGAGGGGGGGUUUCCAGGCUUGGUCAGAGACCUGAUAUGACCCCCCCCCAAGCCCCCACCUCUCUAUUCCUUGAACCGAAUGUCGUGGGCAGCUUCCAAAAUUGAGAUACCCCCAUGAUGUUUUUCCAACCUGUUCUUAUUCUGGUUUGUGUCCCCCUUUUUUUUUUUUUAACCUCUGCCCUUUUUGGAAGCAAAUGUAGAAAACGUUUCCUGCAUUUUUUUUUUCUUUUGAGUCUAGUGCUAUGUUUCUCAACCUGGGCCCCUUGAAGGUGUGUGGAUUGCUAUAACUCCCAGAAUUCCCUCAGCCAGCAUGGCUGAGGGAAUUCUGGGAGUAGAAGUCCACGCAACUAAAAGUUGCUAAAUUGGAGGCAUUCUGGUCUAAUCAGAUUAGAUGGGCUUUGGGAAGCAAGUUUUGACGCUUCUGCUGGGUAUCUGUAAUAUUUUUAUUUCUUACCGGUUUUGGAUUUAGCAAGAGGGUGUACGGCCAUCGCUCCCUGAGCCUCUCCAGUUCCUUCUCGUACUUCAAUGUUUGUUUCUUCAAAUGCAUGCCUUUGGAUUUUACAGGGUUUGUUUCCUUCGCUCCCACCUCCUUCUCUUCUCCAUCUUGCAAAAUAUUAAUAAUUUUGAUUCGGAACCCAGCAAAUGAAAUGACCACAGAGCCCCUGUGGACCACGAGCUGGGUCUUCACGGGGCAAAUGUAACCAGCUUUCCAGGCUUGAUCUUGGUUUGAAGAAAGCUUGAGAGCUCGUGAGCCCCAAACUCUCCUUCCAUUUUUUUUUCCUUUCACCCCUUUCUUCUCCUUUUCCCCCCUCUCAAGUUUCCUGCGGAAAUGGAAGACUAUUUAUAUUUAGACAAGGAACUCCGGGUGCUUUUAUGAUUUGAAAGAUUCUCUCUAAUAACUAACUUGGUUGUUGGUUUUCAAUAAAAGAAGCUCCCAAUCUA